CAUUCCCACCUCGAAAACCUCCAGCCCGAGCCAGAGCCAAAGCCCGCUUGUGCACGCACGCACGCGCUGCCUAGAAGCUUGCGAGGACGAGGAGCAUAUUCCGAGGAGAGCGAGCAGAGGCCGGCUGCUGCUGUCGUUUGCACCAGGGGCGAGGCGAUUCUUGUUACUUGUUGGAAGAGGAAGCGAGGGUGGUGGUGGUGUUCAUGGCGGUGACGGCGACGACGGCGGCGGCGGCGGCCACCAUGCUGGCGGCCGUGAUGGCCAUCUUCCUCUCCUUCGUGCUCUGCUUCUACAUAUUCCUCUGCGCCAAGAGGUCCCGGGGCGGCGCGCCGCCGCCGCCGGGGAGCGGCGUGAUGGCGCACCUGCGCUACCUGUUCUGCGGCGGGGACGGGCGGGCCGGCGCCGGGGACGGCGUCGCACCGUGGUUCUACGACGGGGGCCUGGACGACGCGUCGAUGGCGUCGCUGCCCCGCCGGGAGGUGGCCAAGGGGGAGGCCAUGGACUGCGCGGUCUGCAUCACGGAGCUCGCCACCGGGGACACGGCGCGCGUGCUGCCCCGCUGCGGCCACGGCUUCCACGUCGACUGCGUCGACAUGUGGCUCAGGUCGCACUCCACCUGCCCGCUCUGCCGCUGCCCCGCCGUCGACGCGCCGCCCCUGCCGCCCGCGCCCGUCCAGGCGCCCGAGGCCGACCAGGAGUCGCCCAACUUCCCCACCAACGUCCUCUUCUUCGGCUCCCAGGACGACGUCAGCACCGGCCGCGCGCAACCGCAGACCCCCGCCGCAACCACACCUCAACCAGCGCCUGCUCCCUCUCAACCGCAAGCGCAGCCGCCGCCCGCCGGGGCGUCGUGCGGGCUGCGGCGGCUUCUCGGGUGUGGCGGCGCGUCGCCGCCCCCGCCGCCGCAGGAGGAGGACGCGGCAAGGGACAUAGAGAUGGGGCUCGCCGGCGGCGAGAGCAGCGCGUCGUCGAGGCAGGCGAAGCCGCAGCAGCCGGCGGGCUCAUGCUGACGCCCCGGCUGCCACGGUGGACUUUUCCUCCCCCCAACCUUUCUGCGAUGUGCCGUCUUCCUUGCGUGGCGUCAUCGCAAGUUUUCCCAGUGUCUCCCUUACUCUUACUCGGUCUCGGAGUAAAAAAAAGCUGUACAGAUUUUUAUAGACGUGUGAUGUACAUGUGGAUAGGAUGAUCAUGUUCCGGCAUGACACCACAGGAAAAGAGAAGAAAACAACUUUGCCUGCCUA